AAUUAUAAAAAAAAAAUCCAAAAAUAAAAAAAUAAAAAUCACUUUUUUAUUUUUUUUUUCUUUCUUUCUCUCUGAGCUGAAUCUGCAAAAAUUUUCUGGGAAAAAUUCUUUCUUUCUUUCUUUGUUGAAUCUCCAAUUGGUUACUUUAUUUUUUUUCUUUCCAGUGGAAAAUUCAAGUGUGAGAAAGAAGAGUACUAAAGAGUAUCGUUGCUUUGCUUGAAUUUGAAUCUUUCUUUGUUCGGUUCUUAUCUUUGCCGGAAGGUUUUUGUUCUCAGACUCCGACGCCGGAAGGGUUUUUUUUCAGCUUCUUCUAUGGCGAAGCGUGGAUAUAAGCUACAGGAAUUUUCAGCUCAUUCAGGGAAUGUAAAUUGUCUAAGUAUUGGAAAAAAGGGUUGUAGACAUUUUGUGACAGGAGGGGAUGAUCAGAAAGUUAAUGUUUGGCCAAUUGGAAAAUCAACUUCCUUAACUUGUCUAACUGGUCAUACAAGCCCUGUUGAGUGUGUUGGUUUUGAUUCAACAGAAGUUUUAGUCCUUGGUGGAGCUUCUAAUGGUGUCAUUAAGCAAUGGGAUUUAGAAGAAUCAAAAAUGGUUCGCACGCUUUCUGGACACAGAUCCAACUGUACUGCUGUUGAAUUUCAUCCUUUUGGCGAGUUCUUUGCAUCUGGUUCGAUGGAUACCAAUUUAAGGGUAUGGGAUAUUAGAAAGAAAGGGUGCAUUCAUACGUACAGGGGUCAUACUAAAGGCGUAAGCACCAUUAAAUUCACUCCUGAUGGGCGGUGGGUUGUUUCUGGUGGGCUUGAUAAUGUCGUAAAGGUGUGGGAUCUUACUGCUGGAAAACUCUUGCACGAGUUUAAGUUCCACGAAGGAGCGGUUCAGUCCUUAGAUUUUCAUCCUCUGGAAUUUCUUUUGGCCACAGGUUCAGCAGACAGAACUGUCAAAUUCUGGGAUUUGGAAACCUUUGAAUUGAUUGGAUCAACCCGACCUGAGGCAACGGGAGUCCGUGUGAUUGGCUUUCAUCCAGAUGGUAGGACUUUGUUUGCUGGACUAGAAGAUAGUUUGAAGGUCUAUUCGUGGGAGCCGGUUCUUUGUCAUGACACUGUUGAUAUGGGAUGGUCAACUCUUGGUGACUUGUGCAUUCAUGAAGGAAAACUGUUGGGAUGCUCAUACUACCAAAAUUCUGUUGGAGUUUGGGUAGCGGAUAUAUCGCAUAUUGAACCAUAUGGAGAUGCUUCUCAAAAUGAUUGCACCGAGCCGAAGCUUAAUCUUAAACUCCAAGAGAGCUCAGAGAGAGCGCCGACCAUAGUAAGGACUUCAAGUUUGCGAUCUCGGUCUCCUGAUUAUGAGACAAAGGAAAUAAAGAACAUAUAUGUGGACUCUGCUGGAGGAAAGCCUGUUGCUCGGCCGAAAAUUGAGUCUUUAACUUCUCCAAAAGUGUCACCCCAUUUGGAUACAAAGGAAACGGAUGAUUUGGUGACAAAGAAGCCAAGUCAAGCAGUUAAUAAAUCUUUGUUUGUGCCAAGCGUUGUACCCCGUCAGAGUUCUGAUGGGAAAGAUUCGGCCAAUUCUACGAGUGAAUCUAUUACCUUUUCGAGGACUAAACGUGGUAUGUUACUUAGACCGGCUCAUGUAAGAAGACCAUCAAACAGCAGAAAUGAUGUGGAAAAGUUGUCGGUGUCAUCUACUAUCGAAUCAUCGCCUGUUAGCAAAUUAAUGAAUAAAUUAGAUGGAGCAGCGGACUCGAACUGUGAAACAAAAACUGUUAUAGAAGAUAGAGUGGAAAAACAUUCUGCUGCUAUUGAUUGUGUAACCGAAAAGCUUGACAAAGUUCUAUCUCCUCCGAGGACACCUGCUAGUCAAGAAAAAGAAACAACUCAAACAAGUAAUAAAGCCUUGAAUUCCAGCAAAGAUAAGCCUGUAAAAUAUGUCAAUGGAGUUGCAGUUGUUCCGGGAAGAACUCGAUCCCUUGUUGAAAGGUUUGAAAAAAGAGAGAAAGUUAAUGGUAAUGAAGAUCAAGCUGGGGGUGUAGCUAUCUGUGCAGUUCCUGAAAUUGAUAAAACACCUCCUCCUAUGAAGAAAGAAGAACCUCGAAUUCCUACCAGAAAUGAAGAACCUCAUAUUCUUACCUGGAAUGAAGAGCCUCAAAUUCCUACCAGGGUUGUUGAAAAACCUCAAACUCCUCCCACCAAGAAUGAAGAACCUCAAAUUCAUACCAGGAUCGAAAAACCUCGAACUCCUCCCACCAAGAAUGAAGAACCUCAAAUUCCUACAAGGAUUGAAAAACCUCGAACUCCUCCCACCAAGAAUGAAGAGCCGCCUCAAAUUCCUACCAGGAUCGAAAGACCUCAAAUUCCCACCAGAAAUGUAAGACCUCAAAUUCCCAUCAGAAAUGGAAAACCUCAAAUUCCCACCACCAGGAAUGAAAAGCCUCCAAUUCCCACCAGGAAUGAAGAACUUCAAGUUCAAAUUCCGACCAUUAGGAAUGAAAAACCUCCAAUUCCAACCGGGAUUGAAGAACCUCAAAUUCCCAUUAGGAGUUUUGCCUCUGCAGAUGUUAGGGAUGGUACUGAAGACCUUAUGCAAACUCAUGAUGUAUUCUUGAGCACCCUUCGUUCUCGCUUGACAAAAUUACAGGUGGUGCGGCAUUUUUGGGAACGAAAAGAUAUUAAAGGUGCUAUUAAUGCCAUGAGGAAGUUACCGGAUCAUUCUGUACAAGCAGAUGUAAUCAAUGUUCUCAUAGACAAAAUGGAUAUCGUUACGCUAGAUGUGUUCUCUUGCUUGCUUCCGGUGCUUAUCGGUUUACUUGAUAGCAAAACAGAAAGGCACACUACACUGUCAAUGGAGAUACUAAUUAAGCUUGUAGCAGUGUUCGGUCCAGUGAUAACCUCAGCCAUUUCAACACCACGAGCAGUCGGUGUUGAUCUUCAUGCAGAGCAAAGGGUGGAAUGCUGCAAGCAAUGUUCUAACCAUCUGCAACAAGUCCUGAAGAUUCUUCCAUCACUUGUGAGGAAGGGUGGUUUGGUGGGCAGAAGUGCUCAGGAAUUGAAUCUAGUUCUUCAAGCAUAACCGAUCCACAACAGUGUCUAACCGAAGCAAAAUAGGUAGGGUGGUUUGGCCCUGGCAUCCGAUGAUGAUGAUGAUGACCGGGUGCUAUGAACAACGAGCGGGUAGCGGGUUCAGCUCGAGUUAUGUUUUCUCAAAUUUCACAAUUUUGGUCCUAAUUCCUCCCAUAUCUCUUAUUGUCGUCUUCUUCUUCGGGUAUUGCUAUUAUGAUGAUGAUUUUUAUCUGAGAGAUACAACUCGGGAGUUACUGCGCGUGGCUAGGCUUAAAAACCGAAUGUACUAGGGUAGGGCGCCAUGGCGAAGAAGAAAAGUGCCCGAUCGGUUGGUUGGUUCGCGCAGUGCGGUGCGGUGAGAUCUCCUAAUUUUGAUUCUUUGAUUUUGGAGAUUGUUAAUUUGUAUGUAAUGUUCUUCAAUCAAGUACAUAUUUUUGUAAUACUGUAUUGCUCUUUUUUAAUGGUAUAUAAUAUAAUAUAAAUAUAUAUAUGAAAGAAAAAUUAUAUUUUCUUCGAA